ACACGCGCCUGAUCAAUAAUUACUGCUUCCUGUCGCGGGACAGGAUGCGAAAAAAGUUGUAAUAAUUUCAGCGACAAGUCUUCCUCCGGCCUUAGGCGCAGGACCUGCGUCCCUCACCCGCACACAGACAAGUCUGUAAAACCUCGUUCAGGGCUAUUAGGCGCGCGCCGUUAAAUAUAACUUUGGAAAUAAUUUUUUUUUGCGAGCGCCAUUUCAUCUGGUUCUCGAUGCUGCGGGCGUAUUUGCAUCCUUCGACACAGCAAUUCAAGGCGAAAAUUAAAUGCGGUAGGAGAAAGAAGGGGAUAAUUAAUACCUCUAUCGAGACGAAUAAAAACUGACAUUAAUGCCGAACGAAGAUAAUUUAUUUGCAUUGAAUUUCACUUUUCCCCAAUCGAUGUAAAUUUAAAGCGAUGUAUAGAGAGAUUAAUGACUUAAUUGGUCCCAGUUUCACUUGUUCCUUUUUAAUUGUCCAGCUGCUCCGCAGAGUGACUAUUUUUAUUGUCGUUUUACGCGUUUGUCCUUGACAGACAAUUUGGAGUGUUUGCUCAGUCAGCAGGGGCAUUCUGUCAAUAAUUAAGCGGAUGACCUAUAAUUAAAAUGGCUCCACCCUCAAAUUACAGAUGAGAAGAGUUUAGUGUUUUUAACGCGGGCGUCAAGAUCAAAAAGAGUUGUCUCGAAGCGACCAUGAGUGCUGUUCUUGUAAGACCUGCUCGAAGAGAAGAUUGCGGAGAGAUCCAACGCCUCAUUCAGGCACUCGCCACGUUUGAGAAGUUCCCUCACGGCCCGAAAUUGACUAUCGAAGAUCUCGAGCGAGAUGGAUUUGAAAGCAGUCCUGCGAAAUUCAAGUGUAUUGUGGCCGAAAUGCCAGACGAGUCAAAAACCUUUUGUGGAUAUGCGAUGUAUUUUCCGAUCUAUUCUUCUUGGAUGGGAAAGGGGAUCAGAAUUGAGGAUCUCUACGUGACGCCGGAAUUCCACGGCACUGGAUUGGGCAAACGGCUCUUCAGCCUGGUUGCCAAGGAGGCGUACGAAGGCGACUACUGCAGAGUCGAGUUCACAGCGCUGGGGUGGAAUCCCGCUGCGGGUUUUUACCGGCAUUUGGGCGCAGAAAACGUGACCGACAGCGAGGAGAGGAACGUGUGGCGCCUUUAUAGAAACGGAAUGGAAAAACUUUUGCUGCACGCUAAAUAAUGCCACGCGUGUUGUGUGUGGAAAAACGUGGAAUGCAAUUUAUUGUAACAAAAAUCACGAGCAAUGUAAUAAUCUAUCUACCGUUUGGCUACAAA